GCAAGCCAGCUGUUGGCAGGUGCGGGCAUUCUGUGUCUGUCAUGGGAACUAAACUGUGAAGAAAGAAAAACAGAGAAGCACGUUUGUUCAGCCAUGUGGUGACACGACUGUGACUAGAGGCAGCUAAAACACCCAAAGCUGGAAUCCCGGAAGCUUCUCCUCAGAAGGUUGAAUUUUGACAAGUUGUCACUACCUGUUCUGUGCUCUGUCCACUGCGUCCGCCGUCCAGACAUGGCCUGCUGGGUCCUCCUGCCCAUCCUACUCGCGGCAGUGUCCUUCAUCGGUUCCUGGGCUGUAUAUGGCCUGGCUUUGUUCCAUAACCAUGUGUGUUCCCUUAGCAACUGGGAUUACCAGGACUGUUACUAUAAUGCAACAGAAGAUUGCUGCAAUGUUCCCACCAUAAGCACUAGUGGAAAAAAUGCCCCAGAAAGUUAUCUGUUCGCUGCCACUGCAAGUGCAGGGUCCUUCCUGUUCCUAGUGUUCACUGUGUGCCACCAUGCCCAUGUGAUGGAGCGCUGCCACAGCCAGGCUCUGCUCAGCAAGGCCGCCCUGGUCUUCGGCUGUGUGGUCGCCGCCGGAGCCUUCAUGGCAGGAAACUGCAAUCCCGGGGACCUGACGGUGCUGCACUACCUGGGGGCCGCCAUCAGCUUCGUCAGCCUCUGCUUCUUCACCCUGCUCAUGACCCUGCUGACCCGGAAGUGCUCUCUCAGUGGCCUGGACUUCCUGCUGUACCCUGUGCGCAUCGCCUCCACGACCAUUCAGGUCAUAGCCACCAUCAGCUACUGCAUUUGUUUUGUCAAGGAUGACCAUGUCUACAUCCACUUAGCCGCUGUUUUUGAGUGGAUUCUGAGUGUCAAUCUGGAGCUCUUUGAGCUGAGCUUCGUGGUGGAGUUUUACUAUUUUUCAUCUUCCAUGCUGUCCGUACUGCUGGGAAAAAGAGAUGAAGAAAAGGCUUUGAUUUUGUCCUGAUGCACUCAGCGUUUGCACUCAUUUUUAUGCUGAAAGCACUCAACAUUGGCCAGGUUCACAGCCCUGUGAUUACAUACAAUAAAAGAAAAUAUAAGCAACAAGUCACAUGCAAGCAUUUUAGCCAAAUUCUGAGUAGUGAGUAGUAUUUUUAUUGCUUUUUGAAAUGAUUGUAAAAAGCCAAAAUUCUGAGCUUUCUGAGAACUGCAAACAGGAUGCACUUUUAAUGUGAGGCAGAAGAACAAAUACACAUUUUUACUGAUGGGCUUUUUCUCCAAAUGAACUUUUACUGAACAUUUUCUUUUGCCAUUUGUUUAUGCUGUUAUUAUAUUUAUGAAAUCAUGGAUUGUACAUGCAAGUGAGACUGUUAUUCCUCAAAAUUCUGUAAUGACUGAGUCAUGACUAUGUUUUACAAGUUGCAAUAUUCAGAAUUGACGGACAUAUGAAACUAAGUUGUCAACCCUGAUAACCUCAUAGAUUACCAUUUUCAGAAAGGUACUGUUCUAAGUGUUGGUGGCAAGUCAUUGUACUAAAACUGCCCAUUUGAAAGGCUAAAUCACAGGCUCUUCAGAUUGGUAUGAAUUGGAAAGAAAUGCAUGAACAAUCACAGGACCGACCCAGUACAAUAAACAUUUAUUUUUAAA